CUUUACAUUCGAUAGGAAAAUUCGUGAGGCUCUCAUCUGUCUCACAUAAACCAAAUAGCUCCCCAGCCCCCAGGUUCUCAUCUCUCCGCCUCAUACAAACAAAUCAAUUUCCUUGCAAUAGGGAGAAGCACUCUGCAUCUUCACCAAUUCCAUCUGUGGCGGUGGUGCCACCCAAGCCCCCAACCGACGCCCCUGAAUUCAGUCCUGGUGCCGCUUCUCGCGGGCCAUCUUCGUCAUUCAGUGACAUGCUCACCAGCUCCAUCUACGACGGAGAGUACGCCACCCCACCCUCCAAGCGAUGCCAGAGAUGGAGAGACAAUGAGGUAUUGUUCGUAUUUUUAUUAAGAUGGCAUCUCAGAAGAAGAAAAUAAAAGAUUGAAUGCAUGAGAUGACAGCAACGUAUAUAUAUAGCGGUGGCGGUGAUGAAAAUCGAGGCACAUGUGUGCGUGAAUCCAGAAGAGAUCUAGGAUGAAGGGGACGAACAAAGAAACCAUUGUUGCUAUGGUUGACGCUGAGAUGCAGAACAAGGAGGGCCACAAAACCAAUGAUGAGCAAACUUAUAAACCUUGAUCUAUGUUUGAGGGGUAAUAUUUUGACAAUUGACAUACGGAGUAAUUUCUAGUCAGUUUUUUUGUUCAAACGAAAUUUUGUCCUAUUUUUGUCAAAUCAAAAGCUUAAAGUCUCAUUUUGUCAUUAUUCCCCAUCCAAAAAAUAAAUCAACUUUGCUGUAAGUACCCCAUUUUGUACCCCAUUUUAUACCUCACCCUAUUUUUGUGACUCACAAAAGCCCAACACAUUAAAUGAAUUGCUCCAUUUUAAUGAAGUGCAUUUGUGAGCCACAAACAUAGGGGGUGGGUACAAAAUGGGGUACAAAAUGGGGGUAGCAAUAGCAUUUUUGAAAAUAAAUAGUGUUAAAUACUGCGCAACAUAUUACGUUUAUCUUAUUUUUUAAAAUGGACAUAUCAACUAUAUAGACAAAGUUGAUGUGAACACACAAACUUUUAAAAAUAAUUUUUAUGCUUCAAUGGUACAAUUCUUCAACACCACAUCAUACAAUAAAAAAGCAAACAACUCCGUAUAUAGUGCACUUUACUCCUCUUCUAAAAACACCCCACACUAUAAUCUAAAAAAGAGAUGCUACCAGAGACAAAAACAACCGAAGACAAGGCAAACAAAUGCUACCAGAUUCAACGAGCAACGGCGGCAUAUCCAAUUGUACAACUCGACGCUCAGAUAGCUAGAUGGCUAUCAACAUUUACUUUUGUUUGGUUCUGUCAUUGUAAAUGUCACUGACAGUAAUUUGAAAAAAUGGGACAAAUUUAAGAGUUACACUCCCUUAUGAGUUACAACGGAGAGUCUACAGUGGUAGUCAACAGCCUCACUGGGAGACUAGAGUAACUGAGACGGCAGGUCUGCAACAGUUACCAGACGAGGACGGCCUCACGUGCGACGAAGGGUAUUCAUAGCGACGAGACUGUUGGAAAAAUGUGUUAAAAUUGCAUUAAAUGGUAAUUUUGGG